AUGAAUUCCUCUUGCAUCAUCUUUUUCCUCUUACACAAAAUACUGCCCAAUGUGUCUUCAGGAUCAGAACAAUCCAUAUGCAAUAGCGAGGCUGUUCGUGAAGAACUGCAGGACCCAGAGCUCAUGGAUAGUGUGUCAGUUCGAGAACUACGGAUAGCCAAUGAGGAAGUGCGGACCCACUUAGACACCAUAAAGGAGUUGACUGCAUCCCCACCCUCCCCCAAACCGGAUGUGAAUCUACAAGAUGCGUACGACGACUCAGAACCGGAGUUACCUCAAUCCGACAGACCUUUCAUCAUUCGCAGAUUAGAGGGGUGGCAUUUCGUCAAUCGUGUGCCCGAAAUACGUCCCUACUACGGUACACUGGAGAUUGGACUGAAGUUUGAUCCUCUUCUGGGGAAGAUUAUAAUUUCUAUCAUCAAAGGCAAAGAAAUGCACGCUCCAGACGGCAGUCUGAUGCAGCUGUGGGUGAGUGUGCAACAGAAGACACGCAUUUGCAAGAAGUCUUCACCUUUCUCGGCAAUGGGAUCAAUGCGCUUGGGCUCCAAGUCAAAUGCCUCACAUAAAGAUCCCGUAGCGAUAACCGAGAAGGUGGGUAAACUCUACCGAACUUCGAUACGGAGCGACACCGCUGAGCCGGUGUGGGACGAUCGGUUCACAUUUAACGUGCCCAAGGAACAGUUGGACAUGGUCUUCUUUGACAUCCUCAUUCACGAUCAAAAAGCUAUAGUCGGAGGUCUGCGAAUGGGUCACUCAGGGAUGCAUGUGGCAUCGCACCAUUGGGCCAACAUGAUCCAACGUCCUGGUAUAUGCAUCACUUGCAGAUACGUAGUGCAAUAA